AUGUCGCGUCAGCCCAUGAGCAUGGAGGCCAUGCUGGACGAGGAGAGAAGGGAUGUUCUGGCCCUACUCGAGGGUACGCCUAAUAGAUCCGGCUGGAACCCAGGCUCACCCGUCUCGGCACGCUCGCCAUCGCCCUACACCUCGCCUCGCUCUCCUGUGCGAAGCAUGUUGGAUGUCGGCGACGGUGUUGGAAAGAAGAGCCCCGCCGGGACGCACGCUGUGCCGGUGCGCAGCAUGUUGGACAUCAGCGGCCCUCCGCCCCCCGUCCGAAGCAUGCUCGAUAUCGACACCUCGGCCCCCAAGCAAGCCGCCAGCGCCGGUCCUAGCUCUCCUGUCGAAUCCCGCGCACCUCAUCCACGGACUUUUUCCGACUCCCACUCUCAGAAGCCCAGCUUCGGCCCCCGCGCCGCCGCCAACCGCCUGGAUCCCACUGCCGACUACCAAUUUUCUGCUAUAUCUACCAACAACAUCGGACAGGCUAUGCCGAAGCGCAACACCCAAGGCGGCAAGGGACCCGGCGCAAAGAAGUCGGGCGGCGUCAUGGCCGAUGUCAUGCGCGGCAAUGAGAUCCCCGGCAUUGUACUUCCAGGCGACAGGGCCCGUCAUGGCUCUAUUGCCAGCAACCCCUCCAUCAACCUUGGCGGUAGAAGUUCAAGCAGGGGCCAAGGCAGCAAAUCCAAGUCUCCUCAUGGCCGACUGAGCAUGCGAUCCCGUUCGCCCAACGUCAGUGGGCGCUUUCAACAGAUCCCUGGCACUGCCGUCCUCGACGAUGGCCGUGUAGUGGACAUAUCAACCGCCUACCGCAAACUUUCCGAUGCGAAUCUCGCAUUUUCGGGCGGCGGUCUUUCGGGUUUGGCUGGCCGCAAGAAGUCUAGCGUAGACGAUGCCGGUGUCGGCCGGCUGACGAAAGACUAUCUUAGUCCCGACGGAGAGGAGCUUGAGGACAGCAGCGACGACGAUGCACGCAGCUCCUCGGACGAGGAGAGCCAGAGAGGACGUAAGAUGUCACCUCGAUCCUCGGAAAGUGGCGUGAAGUCUUCCGAGGCAAGCAAGGCCGACCGCAAGACACUCAGCCUGCUUGCUGCUGCCGAGGAGGAGCGCCUCGCGGUCAGUUCCAAGCAACCGCAGUAUCAAUACAAGUCGUUGUUGGACGAGCCUUCCAUUACACUCACUAAGCCCACUGGUGAGAGGGCGAAGCCGAAAGCCGGCGUCCGCCCAACCACGGCAUUCGAUAAUGAGCCUGGCUCUGGAAUGGCUUCCGCCGUGAAUUCAGAUGAUGAGGAGGACCUAAACGACAUUAAGCGGGCCCAGAGACUGGCCUUCUCCCGAACGGAGAUUCUCAACAACCCAGAGUUCUCCCGAACUCUCCGUAUCAUCAUGCGUGGCGAGUUCAAUCAGAUUCAGAAGGCGGCCGAAGAGGAGCACCACAGGUUGAGAAAGUACCUCGUGGCUACUGACCUCAGCGAGGAGUCGACGCAUGCGCUGGAAUGGACCAUAGGUACAGUCUUGCGAGACGGCGACACCCUGAUUUGCAUUUAUUGCGUGGAUGAAGAGACGGGCAUCUACUCAGCCGAUGGAAUUAUGGUCCCCGACGAGCGCGCGGCCCAUCAGGAACAGGCAGCUGCCAUUAACGCCAUGUCGAGCAACAAGGCGGCGCCGCCAGGAAUGACAGCUGGCCCGUCCUACCCCCAUCUCCCGCGAGCCUCGGCUUUGAAUGCUAGCGACUCGUCAUCACCGGCGCCGUCGAGUAGAGAGCGCGGCCGGGCCGAGGAGGAGCGCCGUCGUGCAGUGUAUGACAUCCAAGAGCGGGUCGAGCGGCUGCUCCGACGGACGCGUCUGCAAGUACGAGUUAUUGUGGAGGUAGUCCACUGCAAGAACCCAAAGCACCUGAUCACGGAGGUGAUUGAUCUCGUCAGCCCUACGUUGGUGAUUUUGGGCAGUCGUGGCCGUAGUGCUCUCAAGGGUGUCAUAUUGGGAUCCUUUUCAAACUACCUUGUAACCAAGAGUUCGGUGCCUGUCAUGGUGGCCCGCAAGCGACUCCGCAAUAAGAGCAAGUACAAGAGAGGCACCAUCAAGCAGGUCAACGAUUUGAACAAUCCCGGAACCAAGAGUCUCGCCAACGCGAAGAUCGACUAG